AAAAGUCUUUACAGUUGAAUUGAAACCAAAAACACAAAUCAGUUGAGAGUGAACGUUGGUCAAAGUUAGGCGGUCCACAGCGGCAUUUACACGAAAAAAAAAAGUUAAUAAACUUCACAAAAUCCCGCGUAAAAAUUACUAAAAUCUAACGAAAAUAACAAAUUGUCAAACAAACCAAACAAACAAAUGUUAACAACAACAGCAAAGUAACAGAAGAAAGCUUCACAUCACCGCCAACACACAAAAACAAACGCAACAGCAUUGCCAGAUCAAAGUGCAUUUUGCCAGUGUUGUAAAGGCGCGCGACAAACGCCAAUUGUCCGCCAAAAUGUACCCGCCACAGCAACAACAUCAACCAAAAAUACCCAUACCAAUAAGACCGCGUUCAUCGCUGUCCACAGACGAACAUCAUCAUCGAAUGAAGGAUUCACAUCAUUUACAUAGAAAGCCAAGCAAUGCUGUGCUGACAUUGGCCGGCUUUUGUAUAUUUCUGUUGGUGUUGUGUGUAUUCCUGUUGGGUGCCCUUGUCUAUGUGGGCCGAAAUAUUGUCAAUGAGAGGCAUAAGACAGAUUUCUCCUACAACGACACCAUUCUGAAAGCUGACGGUCAACUGGGUUACGAAAACGGCGGCAUACCACUAUCCACGAAACCCAUUUUGCGUUUUCGUCCCACAGACCAGCAGACACAAACGCCAUCACCACCUCCAUCGAAAGUUAUACGCUUCAACAAAACCACACUGGCUCCCCGAAUUAUGACCGCCUCAAAGGUGUUGCACCAACUAUCAUUUCGUCUGCCCCGCGAGUUGCGCCCCCACAAAUACAAUUUAAGACUGCAGCCAGAUUUAAAGAAUAAAACAUUUACGGGCAAUGUAACCAUAAGACUGGAAGUAUUAAAACCCAUAUCAUUUAUACCUUUGCAUUCGAAACUGUUGACUGUGGAAACCAAAGAAGUACAACAGCUAGGCGAAGACUUGCAGCCAUUGAAAUCGCUUACGCCAACGCUGACAUUUGAACAUCCCGAGUUUCAAUAUUGGGUAACAGAAUUUGCAGAGCCCCUUGAGGUGGGCAAUUAUUCACUACAAUUGGCAUUUAAUGGUUCUCUGGUCGAUCGUAUUGUGGGCUUUUAUCAAAGUUCUUAUUUGGAUAAGAAGAAAAAUGAGAAGAGAUCAAUUGCCACAUCCAAGUUCGAACCCACCUAUGCCCGCCAAGCCUUCCCCUGUUUCGAUGAACCCGACAUGAAGGCCAUGUUUGCCAUCACUGUGGUCAGACCAACUGAAGAUGGUUAUCAUGCUCUUUCCAACAUGAAUGUUGAGCAUGAAGAAGACAUUGGCAAUGGCCUGACCGAAGUACAUUUCGCCGAAAGUGAACCGAUGAGUACAUAUUUGGCUUGUUUCAUUGUAUCGGACUUCGCAUUCAAAGAGAAAGAUGUAAAAGGUGUAAUUGCAAAUGUUCCCAGCUUUAAGAUGCGUGUCUUUGCUACACCGGCUCAAGUGGAUAAAGUUGAUUAUGCCUUAAGUGUUGGUGUCGGCAUAACUGAAUACUAUAUUGAAUAUUUCAAUAUUUCAUAUCCUUUGCCAAAACUUGAUAUGGCUGCCAUACCCGAUUUCGUUUCCGGUGCCAUGGAACAUUGGGGUUUGGUAACAUACAGGGAAACAGCUUUGUUGUACGACAAAACCAUUAGCUCAAGUGCCAAUCAGCAACGUGUUGCAACUGUGGUGGCACAUGAAUUGGCUCACAUGUGGUUUGGUAAUUUGGUUACCAUGAAAUGGUGGAAUGAUUUGUGGUUGAAUGAAGGUUUUGCCAGUUACAUUGAAUACAAGGGUGUGGCUCAUAUUCAUCCCGACUGGGAUAUGCUAUCACAAUUCCUUAUUGCCGAUUUACAUGGCGUUAUGAAACUGGAUGCCACAUUGGCUUCUCAUCCCAUUGUACAAACCGUGGAAAGUCCCAAUCAAAUUACUGAGCUAUUCGAUAGUAUUACGUAUUCCAAGGGAGCCUCUGUCAUACGCAUGCUGGAAGAUUUAGUUGGUGCCGAGAAGUUCCGUAAUGCCACCACCAAUUAUUUGAAUAGAUUCUACUUCUCAAAUGCCGAAACCAAUGAUUUCCUAACUGAAGUUGAAGCCUUGAACUUUGAUUUUGAUGUGAAAUUGAUUAUGCAAACCUUUACCGAACAAAUGGGUUUGCCCGUUGUGGAGGUUAAACGUAAUGGCAACUCAUAUACCUUGACCCAAAAGAGAUUCUUUGCCAAUCCAGAAGAUUACAAAGGCAGCUAUACGGAUUCGCCAUUCAACUACCACUGGUCUAUUCCCAUUACCUAUUUCACAAGCUCCAAUUCUGAAGUUCAACGUACAAUUUUCAAUUAUAAUGACAAUGAAGUCACUGUCACCACUCCGGCCGAAGUGAAAUGGAUCAAAUUCAACAAGGAUCAAAUCGGUUAUUAUCGUGUCAACUAUCCCACCGAAAUGUGGCAAUCCCUGAUAGAUACACUUAAAACAAGCCGUGGCGAUUUCAGUGCCUCGGAUCGUGCUCAUUUGAUCAAUGAUGCCUUUGCCCUGGCCGAUGCCGGACAAUUGGAAUAUAGCAUUGCUUUGGAUUUGAGUAAAUAUUUGGAAAAUGAAUUGGAUUAUGUACCCUGGAAUGUGGGUGCCUCACGCCUGAGUGCCAUUAAGAAUUUGUUGUAUUUCACCGAUUUGUAUCGUGACUUUGUCGAUUAUGGCCGACAGCUGUUGAAAAAUGUCUAUCCCGCUGUUACAUGGAAUGUCAACGAUGAUCAUUUGCAAAACCUUUUACGAGUCACGGUACUCAAUGCUGCCUGUGGUUAUGGUGUUCCUGAAGCCCUGGACGAAGCUGGCAAACGUUUUACGGAAUGGUUGGCAAAUCCCUCGGAAAGACCUAAUCCUGAUAUUCGUUCAACUGUUUACUAUUAUGGCAUGCAAAGUGUUGGCAAUGAGCAAAGCUGGAAUCAAGUUUGGGAUUUGUUUGUGGCCGAACAAGAUGCCCAGGAGAAAAUCAAGCUAAUGGAAGCCUUGGCUGCCAUCAAGGAACCCUGGAUUUUGCAACGUUAUAUCAAUCUGGCCUGGAAUGAAAACUAUGUACGUGGCCAAGAUUACUUCACCUGUCUGCAGUAUAUUGCCCAGAAUCGUAUUGGCCAAGCUUUGGUCUGGGAUUAUGUACGCGAAAAUUGGCCACGUUUGGUUGAACGUUUUGGCAUUAAUGAACGUUAUUUGGGCCGUAUGAUUCCCUCGAUUACAUCCCGUUUUGCCUCGCAAACCAAAUUGGAUGAAAUGGAAGCUUUCUUUACGAAAUAUCCUGAAGGUGGUGCUGGUACUGCCGCCCGCAAGGAGGCAUUGGAAAAUGUCAAGAACAAUAAGAAAUGGUUGGAAGAGAAUCAGGAACAAGUACGUAAAUGGCUGGCUGAACAAAAUACGGAAAUUGAUGUGACUACCGUGAAUAGCAUUAAUUGAUUGAUCACACCCACCACUCUCUAAGCGAUAUCCAAAGCAUAUAAUUUUGUUAUAGCAUUUUGUAAAUGUAUUUUAUUUUCUAUUUCUUUCACUCUAUUCUGUGUCUUUCUAUUAUUUUGUAUUAUACACUAGCUUUCCUUUGUUCUUUCUAAGUUGUUCUAUCCGGGCAUAUGCCAAAAUGUUUACAUAUUAGUAUUUUAUAAUUGUAAUGUUAUUAUUUUUUGCAUAAAAACAAAAAGUUUUUUUAAAUGAUAUUUAAAUA